CUUUCAAUGAGACAAAAGCAAAUGAUCAGAGCGUGAAGAGCAUCUAGGAUGGAGUUGGGAAACCAAAAUGAAACAAGAGCAGGAGGAGGAGACACUAAAAUCAACUCUGAAACCAGUGACCAAGUGAUGCCGGAUCUCAGUCUUGUGUUGGUUGGUGACCGAAAUUCCAUUGAGACUGGUUCAGACAACAUUCUAGUGAACGACAACCAGCAAGAGCUGUAUUCAUCUAAACUCUAUGAUUUGUGUGGUCGGGUCAUCUCAGUCAUUAACUUACUUGAUCAACAAAACAUUGACAGAAUCCCUUCAAACAAGGGAAUUCAUGCAUUUCUGCUACUGAUACCAUAUGGUCUCCAUACCAGCCAUUACGAAUCAAAAGUGCAAUGGCUAGAGAAGUUUUUUGGAAAAGAAUCACUUUCGUAUUUAAUGACAGUUGUGACACAUACAUCCAGUGAAAAGUGUGAAAAUGCAUUUGAAGAUCUGAAAGCCAUCAGCAGUUUAACUGUAGAGAGAUACCACACAUGCACAAAAAACAUGAGUGUUGAAAGUGAAAUAUUAGCUCUCCUGCAAAAAAUUGAUUUCAUGGUCUUAGAGAAUGACCCACAAUGCUACAAUAGACCACUGGUUGAUGAAAAGAAAGAGCAGAAAGACCACCUGGACCACAAAUCCCAAGAAGACGAAAUGAGAGAUUCAUCUGGAUUUCAGUUCAAUGAAGCAGGUGCCUCCGCUUUGGACGGAAACAAGGACGUGGACUUGGUGAAGAUUUCAGACGAAAUGAACAACAAAAAGCAGCAUCAAACAGAAACUGAAACACUGCUCAUCAGACUUCACCUUCAAGACAAUUAUGAACAGAAAUUAACGCCAGACGAGUUUCUUAAAAUAAGUUCACUUUUAAAACAAGACAAUAACACAUCUGAGAAGGAUCUGGGUCGUACUUUUCUUCAGAAGUUGAUGAUGUUAGACUACAGAGCCAGAUAUAUUCCUGUUAGCGAGGACAGUGCUGAGGUGAGCCAGACUAUUUCUGAAUUUGACAAUGGUGAAAAUGAAGACAGUGACAUAGAUGUGUUUUGCAACACCAGAGACGGCAUUGAUCAGUCAAAACAGAAUCAUAUACAUCCAUUAGAUGUUCAGAUGGCAGUAUUUCACUGUUCAGACAGUUUUCUGAAGCAGAACAUGAUCACAAAACUAUCACAGUGUCAGUAUGCCUUACCUUUACUUGUUCCUGAUCCAGUCACUGGGGACAUUGAGUGUCCUCUGUGGACGUUCAGACAAAUUAAAAAAACAUGGAAGAAAACCGAAACCAAAGACAACUCAGAGUUUGUCACCAUGAACUCUAUGCCAAUCUGUAAAGCUGAGACACCCAUGGUGUCAUUUUUCCGCCUGGGUUCACUGUCAGUGUCUAAAUCUCAGCUGAUGAACACUUUGAUCAACGACCGUCACAACACCUUCUUCCACAGAGACUGUCCAGGCAGCACCAAAUCUCGCCAUCUGUUUGAUGGUGUAGCAGAGAUCGCCUGGUACUGCCCUGCUGGAAAACCCAACGAUGCCUUCAAUGACUGUGUUGCGUUCUGUAAUCUUCAUGGUGAUGCUCUGAUGAAUGAAACACAGCGAAUCAUCUUGAUGCAAAAAUGUUCAGUCAAUGUUGUUCUUGUACCAACACUAGAUAAAACACAUGAGAGUUUUGCAGUGAUUGCAGGACUUUUGAAAUUUCCAAAACCUCUAAUUUGUCUCAUUGAUGAUAGUUGUGAUGCAGUACAAAAACUAAAAGGAAACUACAAAAUGGGCCUGAAAGAUAGAAGCCUGCCUGAUAUUUGUGAAGAGCUAAAAAGACUCAUUAGAAAUAUUUUGUCUGGUCCACAUGAAUCAUUUCAGCUUAAAACCAUGGCCAAAGUCUCUGGAAUCCGAGUGGAUGAAGAUGAUGAGUUCUGCAAAAAGGGGAAGUCUGCUGCCAAGAAAAUACUGAACCUGGUUCAGGGGAAGGAUGUUUCAAAGAUCAAAGAUGAAUUUCUUCCAUGUCAAGGCAAACUGUGGCAUGACUGGUGCAAAAUAAACAAAGGCCUGUAUCACCUUAAAGGAGAUCACCUUGAGGAGGAGGAAUGUAAAAAGAAGAGAGAACUGGAGAAAAUACGAGAAAAUCAAUGCACUGUUUCCUGUAGUGAAGUGAUGAAGUCGUUCACUGAAAGCCUCUCAUCUUUACCUCCAACAGAGAGAGAGUAUUUCCUGAAAUGGACUCAGAUCUUAGUCGAUGCGCUCUCCACAGAUGAUCUUCUUUCAAUUCUCCAAAAAUAUCAUGAAAAGUGGUGUGAAGUUUUAUCAUUGAAGAAGAAACAUGACAAAUCUGAUCAGUUAAAAACCAAACAAACGGAACUUGAACAAAUAUCAUCAAAACUCCAGUCAGCAACAUUUGGUUUGGAACACAUCUUCAGAGAAAUGGGACAGAUCUAUGAAGCCCAUGAAUGUCUGCACAAACCAACACUGAAUAAACCGACUGACUGGUCUAAAUACCCGGAGCUGGCUGCUGAUCUGAUGAUAUCAGGGUACCCAAUGGAGCUGAUGGAUGGAGAUGCAGGUCAUGUGCCUUUAACAUGGAUCUCAAGUCUUUUAGAUGAGGUCAUCAAGAAACUUGGAGACCAGAGGAUUUUUGUUUUGUCAGUUUUGGGCGUACAGAGCAGUGGAAAGUCUACGAUGCUGAAUGCCAUGUUUGGACUCCAGUUUGCUGUGAGUGCAGGCAGAUGCACCAGGGGUGCCUUCAUGCAGCUGGUCCAAGUAUCAGAUGAGAAGAAGACAGACUUUCAGUUUGACUAUGUUCUUGUGGUGGACACUGAGGGACUGCGUGCUCUUGAGCUGGAGGGUAACUCCACCCUUCACCAUGACAAUGAACUGGCAACUUUUGUUGUUGGUUUUGGAAACAUGACUUUGAUUAACAUCUCUGGAGAAAAUCCAGCUGAGAUGCAGGAUGUUCUGCAGAUUGUUGUUCAGGCUUUCAUGAGGAUGAAGAAAGUUAACCUUUCUCCAAGUUGUGUGUUUGUUCAUCAGAAUGUCACAGAUGUUGCAGCUGUAGAGAAAAACAUGGAUGGAAAGAGACGCCUGCAAGAAAAGCUUGAUGAAAUGGCCCGACUAGGUGCUGAAGAAGAGGUUUGUCAAGCUCAGAACUUCAGUGAUGUGAUUGCUUUUGAUGUACAAAUAGAUGUGAAAUACUUGGCUCAGCUGUGGGAGGGAAGUCCACCUAUGGCUCCUCCAAAUCCAGGGUACAGUGAGAGCAUCCAAGAUCUGAAGAGCCUAAUCCUCUCCAAAGCUUCACAGUCUGUUGGAGUGACUCUCUCUGAGUUCAAAACCAAAGUUCAGGACCUCUGGAAUGCUCUGAUGAAUGAAAACUUUGUUUUCAGCUUCAAAAACACACUUGAAAUUGCGGUUUACAGAAAACUUGAGGUCCAGUAUGGGAACUGGAUCUGGGAACUGAAGCAUGAAAUGUUGACCAUUGAAAACCAGUUACACAACAGAAUAGAAAAUGGAAACCAUGACCAGAUUGAACUCAGUUAUCUUUACAAAGAAAUGAGCAAGAAAUAUGAAGAAGUUAAAACUGCAAUGACAUUUUAUUUUGAGGAUGAUAAAGAUAAAGAAAUACUGGCUCAGUGGCGAGCACAGUUUGAAAUCAAAAUCAGAGAAUUUCAUGAUGAACAGGUGAGAAGACUCAAAAGAAAACUGGAUGAGGUUAUUCAACAGAAGAUAGCAUGUAAAAAGCUUGAUGAGAAGAAGACAAAGUUUGAGAAUGAACUGCUGCAAAAGAGCAAAGAGCUCGCUCUUAAGUUAAAAGUCAAAGUAAAUGAUAAAAAGGAACUUAAACAUCAGUUCAACUGUGUUUGGAAAGACUGGGUUAGUGAAUUAACCAAAGAUAUGAAACCUAUUGAGAACAUUAAGUUGGAAGAGGAUCAGUUCAAGAUCCUUCAUGAGUUGGGCAUCGAAGAGAAACAUAUUGAUGAAUCUAGAGCCAGUAAGAGCUACGAACAAAUAUCAGAGCUUGGAGAUUAUAGUGGUUAUGUAUCUUUCAACAGGCGUCAAGAUCACAGACACCGGCAGAAUCAGGAAAAUGAAGGAGAAAAAAAGGUCUUGAAAAAAAUUCAGGAAAUGGUUGAAAAUGCGGCUCACACUGUUAUAAAAACAAUAACAAACGACCACAAGAAAUCUCUCCAACAUGAAGACCAAACCCUGAUCAGAAACUUCAUUGAUGAUGUCAAAAUGGUUUGCCUUGAUUUGAUUAAGAGUAAACCUGUUGCAACAAGAGGAUACAGUCCUACGUUCUUGCAAGAAGUUGCCAAAACUGUACAAGAUAAAGUGACAGAGUUUGACUCACAGUGGAGAUAUGCUCUGAAGAAGGAGUUUACUGUUGAUCUCCUGUUGUAUGUGUUUGACAGAGUAAAACCUUGUCUUUUAGAGUCUCACAAGAAGUUCACGAUGAAUAAUGAUGCACGCACAUAUUUAGAAAGUAAGAAAGGUGAAUAUUACAGUGUGUUCAGGAGCUUCUGCAAAGAAAACUCAUCUGCUGUUGUACUUGGAGAACUGAUCUGUGAAAAACUGAAGGGUUCCAUUGUUGAAGCCGUCUGCACUAAGACUGCCAUCGAUCUUGCUGGAGAGAUGAGGUGUAGUUUCCCAGCAUUCAGUGAGAACAGGCUGAACUUGGAGAAACAUGUGUUGAAGUCACUGGCAGAGAAAGAGAUCUUUAAAGAUUACAUCACCUACAUCUACCAACCAAGGACACAUGUUGAGAGUUUCAUUAAAAAUGAAGUGAACAAGUACAUCUACAUCGACCACAGAGAAAAAGCACAGAAUAUACUCAAGAAAAAUCUUGAUGAUAUCAAGAAUCAGAUAAGUCGAGCUUUAUUUGAUGCUACCGAAGAGGUGAAAACACAGCAAGGAGACCUGGAAAUGUGGCUGCAGAAAUUUUCCAGUUCACUAACAGAUGUGUUAGCAUUUUCUUCCAUUUAUUUGAAAAACUUUACUGAUGUGAAAGAUUUUGACUUUAUGAAAAAAGGAAUUGAGGAAAGACUUUUACCUGUCUUUGAAGACAUAAAAAAACUCUCAUUGGAUAAAAUGAAGGAAUUCAGGGAGCAGCCUGAUCAAAUCCUCAUUGAGCAGCUUUGUGACUGCUGCUGGGAGACGUGUCCUUUCUGUACAGCUGUUUGUACAAACACUGUAAAAGAUCACAGUCCUAACAAACACAGUGUCCCUUUUCAUAGUCCCUCUGGGAUUAAUGGAUGGCACUUCAAAGGCACAGUGGAACUUUGUGUUAAUUUCUGCACAACUAACGUUGCCAGUGAUUGUAAAUUUUAUCCCCGUCAUGACUCAGAGGAAUUAAUUCCUUUUAAAAUGUAUCAAACUGCUGGGGGGAAAUAUGAAACCUGGCUGAUCACAGCAGAUGGAUCCAAUCUGACAUACUGGAAAUGGUUUUUAUGUCGAUUUCAGGAAGAACUUGAAGAACAUUACCAGAAAAAAUUUCAGGGCAGAGGAAAAAUUCCCAGUGACUGGAGAAAAUACACAAAAGCAGCAGCUAUCGAAAGUCUGGAUGAAAUGAACAAAUAAAGAAAGAAAGAAAGAAAGAAAGACAGACAGAAAGAAAGACAGAGAGAAAGACAGAAAGAAAGAAAGAAAGAAAGAAAGAAUUUAAUUUUUGUACCAGAGAAAAAAGAAUUCCUGAUCUAUAGACAUACCACGAUGUCCAUCCGUCCAACAUUUUUGCCCCAAAUUAUUGAAAAUUAUUGUAAUUAAUUUACCAUGAGAAAAGCUGAAAAUUGAUUAGAAAUGUAAAUAUAGGAGAACAAAAGGCCUGUUUUUUCAAACAAGGUAAGAUCAUCUUUUCUGUAUUCACAUUAUUGAUAGUUCUUCAGAUUGGACCACUGACUAGUUUAUCAUGGAUUCAUUAUUCAACCAUGAUUCCGACUCAAACAAUACAAUGAUGUAAAUAUCUCUGUUUGAUGUGUUUAUUUUGAAUAUAUGGAUAAAUGUUGGCAUUAUUUUCAACCACUUUGAUGAUUAUUGGAAUUAUGUUGUGGUUUCUUUGAUUUAUCCUAUUUACCAUUUGCAAAUAUUGAAAUACACAAAACAAAUGUUGACUCAGUAGAGACUUGGAAAUAGUUAUGCUUAUGUAAAAGGUGCUGUAAAGACACUUGGGUAAAAAAAAAAAAAAAAAAAACAGGCACCCCUACAAUUUUUAUUUUAUUCUUUAACUAUUUAAAUUUUUCU